UGUUCUAUUCUAUGUAGUUACGUUAUUUAAAAGAAAAUUCAACAUUAAAAAUACUACAUAGACAAAAUUGCUGUUUCUGUAAUAAUCAUUACACGAACCAUAAAAAGAAUAUAAAUUUAUAGCAUACAACAAUUUGUAAGAAAAAUUUAAAUUAAUUAAACUUCCAAAUUUGUUAAAUUGUACACAAACAUUGAAUAGAACAUUACAAAUUGUGCUAUGAAAAUAUUCUGAUAUAUAAGGUACAUAGUCGAUUCAUACUGCAAACGCGAACGAUUGAACCUAAAAAAUUGUGAUACAUACCCCAAACAAUUAAAUUAUCUAAAUUCUGUUUCUUCACAUAAUCUAAUGAUUGAAAAAUAAAUUACUUUGAGAAAUAACUAGUCAUUCUGACUGAAUCAGUCUUUAAAUUAAUGAAUACACGUGUGAAUGAUAUAGCAAAAUAAGGUUAAAACCUUUUGAUAGAAAUAAAUGUAACAAUAAGUUAUGGAAGCUUGUAAAGAAUUAAAAGAAAAAUACGAUCGGUGUUUUAAUGAUUGGUUUGCUGACAAAUUUUUGCGUGGAGUCCAUGACGAUAGUGAAUGUGCAUCGUUACUUAAACUUUAUACUGAAUGUGUCGCGCAAGCCAUGAAAGAACAAGACAUAAAUCUGGAUGAAAUAAAUAUUGCCCAUUUAGGAACAGAACGAGAGAAAAAAAAUGAAACUUGAUAAUUAUGAUUUUAGCAAA